CAUUAACAUUGAUGCCACGGAUGUCCUCGAUUGAUUGUUGUCGACCUUGAUGCUGCAGCAUGAGCUGCGUUUUUCUCUUGUUUUUACACAGUUGGCCUCAUUUUACUUCUUGGUUGUGACAGAAAAAGAAGAACAAAAUGCAAGAGGAGAAAAAACCUCGAGGUUCUGCCACCUAGCAUCACGACAGAAGUGCAUCAGCAUCAGAGCAGCAUUACUACCACACCACCAGCAUCAGAGGAACAGGAUAAAGUGGAUUAUCAUCAGAGCACCACAAUGAAAACCACAACACCACUGGUUUCUGAGGAACUGACUGAAGCACCUGUAAGCAGCGCUGCAGGUUCGAUCCAGGUGUUUGGAUAUGAGGGCGGAGACGUGAACCUCUCCUGCCCCUACGAUCGGGGAUUCGAGGGUCGUCAGAAAUACCUGUGCAACAACAACUGUCGUUACGCCGAUGUUCUUAUAACAACAUCACAAGGAAGCAGUGGAAAAUACUCCAUUCACGACGAUAAAACAACCCGAGUUUUCACAGUGACCAUAUCUGCCCUUCGACUUCAUGACGCUGGGAAAUACUGGUGUGGCGUGACAAGGAUAGGAAAAGAUAUAAGCAUUGAAAGAAAGCUGGAAGUAAAAGCAGACAGAUGUUGUGACACGGUGAAUAAAAUCCAAAGUACUGAGGAAGGUUCAGUGACCAUCAGCUGUUCGUACGACUCUCAGUCUGUCGACAAGCUGAAGUUCUUCUGCAGAGGAAACCGGUCCUCCACAUGUCGACAGCAGGCAGUGAUCACCUCUAGCAACACACAAAAUGGACGAUUCAGACUCUCUGAUGACAGGAAGUCAAGAAUAUUCACAGUGACCAUUUCUAGUCUGACCCUGAAGGAUUCUGGGUCGUAUCUUUGUGGAGUCCAGAGAAUCUCAGGAUUUGAUGUUUUCUAUACUGUUGAACUAGAGGUCAAAGCAGAGUCGUGCUGUGCAAAGUCACAGAACAUGAGUGGUGUGAUGGAGCAUAGUGUGACCUUCCUGUGCCCUUAUGCACCCCAGCAUCCCAAUGACACAAUGUUUCUCUGCAAGGGAGACAGAGCCAGCAACUGCACAAACAUGAUGGAUCAAAGUCGGUUCAUUCUGAUCAAUGUUUCCUCCAGCUCUUUCUCUGUCACAGUCACGAAGCUGGAAGCAGGAGAUGCUGGAACGUACUGGUGUGGCUCCGGCCCAGAGGCAAUGUUGGAAACUCCACCCGCUUCAUCUUUCUACAGAUGUUGCGACACGGUGAAUAAAAUCCAAAGUACUGAGGAAGGUUCAGUGACCAUCAGCUGUUCGUACGACUCUCAGUCUGUCGACAAGCUGAAGUUCUUCUGCAGAGGAAACCGGCCCUCCACAUGUCGACAGCAGGCAGUGAUCAACUCUAGCAACACACAAGAUGGACGAUUCAGACUCUCUGAUGACAGAAAGUCAAGAAUAUUCACAGUGACCAUUUCCACUCUGACCCUGAAGGAUUCUGGGUCGUAUCUUUGUGGAGUCCAGAGAAUCUCAGGAUUUGAUGUUUUCUCUGCUGUUGAACUAGAGGUCAAAGAGUGGUGCUGUGUGGAGUCAAAGAACGUGAGUUUCAUUGUGGGACGUGCGGUGACCUUCCAGUGUCCUUAUCCACGUCAUCAUCGCAACAACAUGAUGUUCCUCUGCAAAGGAGACCAGCGCAGCAACUGCACAUACAUGACUUACCAAGCAGAGGAUUCUGGGACAUACUGGUGUAGAUCAGACCCCGAGUGGAGCGUUGGAAACUACACCCAGUUUCAUCUGACUGUAGACGAAGAAGAACAGCGUGGUGUGUCAGAGGAGUCCGUAAUAAAAGCUUUGUACUGGCUUUUCGCUGCACUUCCUGUUCUGCUGCUGAUACUGAUAAUCAUCCUGGUCAAAGUUUGCAAGACCAAACGUCGCCAGUUGACAGCAGUCGACAUGAACACAAGCAAACUGGAGGCAGUAGAUGCACAAGACGUGACGAGUGAAGAAGAUAUGUACAACAAUCAUGCGAUGUUCUCACAGCAGAAGAGGACGCAGCGCACAGAAUCGCUCUCUGGAGAUGCAGAUGAAUACACAGCAAUCUACGAAAACUGA